AUGCCGGCAUUACGGGUCACGCUUUGCCAGAUGGCUGUCGCGAAAUCGAAGGAGACUAACCUUUCGAAAGCUGUGGGAAUGAUAACAGCAGCAGCAAAACGAGGUGCAAACCUCGCCGUUCUCCCAGAAUGCUUUACGUGCCCCUAUGGCACAAAAUAUUUUGAAGCAUAUUCUGAAGAAAUAGGACCGGGAUUUCCUACAUACGAUGCAAUUUCUAAAGUCGCCAAGGAAAACAAUAUAUGGGUAAUAGCCGGCAGCAUACCGGAACGCUCAGGUGAAAAGUUAUACAAUUCCUGCAUCGUUUUUGAUGCAACGGGGAAGUUGAAUCAUGUACACAGAAAAGUGCACUUGUUCCGCAUCAAUACGGAGACUGUCCGAAUGGAUGAAGAGGAGGUGCUUUCUCCUGGAAAUGUGGUUGUUCCUGUUUCCAUGAAUGAAAAACUGAAAUUUGGUAUUGGAAUUUGCUUUGAUGUAAGGUAUCCUCUUCUUGCAUGGAAGUACGCCCACGAAGGAACUUCAUUUUUGGUUUAUCCAGGUGCAUUCAAUAUGGUUACGGGUCCGUUACAUUGGGAACUUUUAGCCAGAGCGCGUGCUGUGGAUAAUCAACAGUUUGUUAUUUUGUGUUCACCCGCGCGUGACUUGAGUGCGGACUAUGUUGCUUGGGGUCAUUCGAUGGUUGUGGAUCCUAUGGGAAAGGUAAUUGCCGACGCAGGGGAACAUGAAGGCUACAUUGAUGCUGAACUGGAUCUUGAUUUAAUUGAAGAGGCAAGAGAAAAGAUUCCUAUUAUGGAUGGAACAAGACAUGACAUUUAUGCAUUGAAUUGGAAAUAA